AUGGCCCCGGAAGAAAGUGAAACACAAGGAAAUUCGGAUCCUGCAGAACCACCACCAGUCAAGCCAAAAGUGGAGGUCAAUGAGAAGUAUCGAUCAUUGUUUGAAGCCGCAGUAAAAGGUGAUUGGAAACGUGCCGAGAAAAUCCUCAAACAUCAUCCUGAAAGGAUCACGGCCACACUUUUGACCACAGAAGAUGUUCAAGCUACGGUGCUCGAUAUUGCGGUUAUGGCCAGACAAGAUCAAAUGGUCGAAAACCUGGUCAAGCGUGUCCGUACAGAAAAUAAAGUUAAUAAAGCUUCCGCUUUACGUUGUGUCCUCUACCAUGCCGCUCGGAGAGGAAGAAUAAGGAGGACAAAGAAAUUAGUAGACGAACUUGACGAAGUUAAUGCCUUGUUGAUUGCUACUGAAAGUGCUCUUAGGCAAAAGGAGGUUAUCUGGUACCUGGCCACGCGUACAAAAUCCAUCCCAGAGAUUGAUAUCGUGCUCAACCUUAUUAUGGCUGGCCAUUUGGGUAUCCCUCCAUGGGUUGAUACAUCAUUUGACAAUGCCAAAGACACGAAGAUGGAGGUUGAUACAUCAUUUGAGGUUGAUACAUCAUUUGACAAUGCCAAAGACACAAAGGAGGUUGAUACAUCAUUUGACAAUGCCAAAGACACGAAGGAAGUUGAUACAUCAUUUGACAAUGCCAAAGACAUGAAGAUGGGCCGAGGUAAAAUUGCUCGUCGAAUGUUACGUGUAGUACCUUUUGUCAAUAGGAUUGCAGAAUUGAAGUUGAGGCACGAAUGCUGGCUUGAGUUCUCAAAUAUAGUUUUUAAGGGGAUGAAUAAUGGUAAGAAAACUCCUGAAAUACUCCAAUCGAUUUCGGACAUUGUCCUUCAAGCUGCAUCUAGUGGAAUAUUUGAAAUUGUAGAGUUAUGUCUUAAGCAAUAUCCGGAAUUGAUGUGGGCUAAAGAAUUCACAAUACAACUGAUUGAGGAAGUUGUGAAGGCACGGCAUGUUGAUUUGUUUAGACUAUUGAAUGCAUACGACACAAUUCCAAGAUUGGAACCCGACUUGAUGCCGGCAGUAGUAAAAUGGUCACCAGGAUACGUACCGGUUGAUGUUUCUGGGUCAGCUUUUCUUAUGCAAAGGGAACUUCAAUGGUUUGAGAUGAAGGUGAUGAAUGAUGAGAGUGAUCCUUCUUCUAGAAGUCUGGAAUUGAAACUGAUGGAAGAUAGGAGAGGGAAAACGUACUGGGAAGUUUUUGUAGAACAGCGCAAAGAUUUGCUCUAA